GGGACACCGACAUUAAAGCCUGAUAUCUAUCCCCCGUAUGAUAGCAGAUGGAGGCAAAAGGGAGUCAAAAAAAUGGAAGAUAAAGAUAUGGGCUAUCUGAUGAAGCCGAUGAUUGACGAAACCAUGUUGUUGGAUGAUAAGCAAAGAUUGAGAACAAUGGAAGAGCUCAAUCAGAUUGGGAGGACAACAGAGGCAGCAUAUUUGGAAAACUCAAAAGUAAGGGAGGAAGCACAAAGUGAAACACUGAAUCAUGACCAGAAGAACAGGACUGAUGGAGGAGAAUGUGGGGAAGGACAGGGAGGAUCAACUAAACAGAGCAACACGACCACCUCACUCAAAAGGAAAGCUAGGGCAGGAGAAUCAAGUGAGUCAGAACAGAGUAAGCAAGGGGAACUGGGAACCAAAAGGGUUCAAUCUAGAGGAUUCAAGGUCACAAGGGAUUCCCAGCAGACACUGGGGCGGCAGGAUCAUGAGAUGGAGACAGAACAGGGCGGGAUAGGGGUUUCAAGCCCAUUGGGGGAACAAAUGGAAACUUCACGGCAAGAGGAUGGUGGGCUAAAUCCAUCAAAAGAGCAAGAAAUGGAAGAAGCAACAGACCAAGAGGAGGUGGGCACAAAUAACGAGAGGGAAUUUUCCGAAGGGAAAUCGGCCAGCUCCGCUAUGAGACCCACAAGAGAAGGAGAAGGGGGGGAGGGAGAGCAGGGAGAGGAGUCGGAGGAGAGUUCAAGCGAGGGUGGAUGGGAGGAUGUGGAGGAUGAAGAGGAGGAAGAACCUGAGACAUUAGAAAUAUGGGUCAACUGCGUGCAGGCGCUGGAAUGGGAGAGGGCGGUGGCAUGUGAGGUUCCCCUGGCACACCAUAAGCACUUGCGCAACUUGAAGGAGGCCACGGGAGCAACGAAAGGCAUCACUACCACAAAUCGCUUUGAGAUAUUGAAAAAGGAGAAAGAGAUAAAUGAGUUUUAUGCGGAGCAAUAUGGGUGGAAAGCUGAACACCACAACAAUGACAUUCAAGUGCGAAAUGAGGUCUACAGUAAGCAGUUUGAAUGGCCAAAGACUUACCUACCAAAAGCAAUGAAGAGAUCUGAGAGCAAGCGGAAGGCGAGUUAUGCAUCAACAAAAGACGAAGGAGGAGAUGAAGAGCUAAUGGAGGAUGCACGCAGACAAGCAGCGAUAUUGGAGGUUCAGGUUAAUGUCCUCAAAGAUCAUAAUCGGGAGUUGGGGGAAGAUACAACGAAUUCGGAAAAGAUAGCUUACGUGCCACAUAAGGAAAUUGAAGCAGCGGCGAGACUUUAUGCCAGAAACUCACCCAGAUGCAGGGUAAUCAUCCCCUUCAAGUGGAAUGAAGUCCACAAAGAGUGGGAGGUGGCAAUCCAUCGCUCAUUGGAGCUGGUCACGAUGGAUGAAGCCAAUUGCUCAGGUCAGGCCCUAAAGGGUAGGAUCUCAGAAGAUCUGUCAGCCCACGCAUAUGUAAUAGGUGAUUGGAAGCAGGAAAAGGGGGACAGUACAGACACAACAGGCACAUCACAGGCAGAAGAUUACAGGCCAAUAAUGUUCAAACUGAAGGAAACGACGAAAUUAAGUGAUGGCCUCAUAUGGAUGCCAUGGCAGGUGGUGGAGACCAUUCCCUAUGGAUUGUUAGGGGGGUUGGUGACGGCGGAAUGGGUGGCCACAAGUGCAGCGUUAGUAGUAAAAACUGAUGCCUCUUUGUGGAAGCCUGAAUACAUUGAGAAGAGGAUCUCAAGGGGAGCAACAAGGUUGGAUCUUUCACAGACAGGGUCUUGAACACUUCUCAAUGAGUGAAGGGCGAACAGGGGAUGACCAUUCGCAAUGUAGGGCAGU